UUUUACCAAUAUCACCAAUUUUACCAAUAUCACCAGUUUUACCAAUGUUACUAGUUUUACCAAUAUCACCAGUUUCACCAAUAUCACCAGUUUCACCAAUAUUACCAGUUUCACCAAUAUUACCA